CGGCGACGACCAAGACCCACCCCGACUACUCUACUCCUUCCAACUCCUGAGAAAAUUCUUCGUCUUCUUCCUCCUCCCCCUCCCCCUCCCCUUCCCCACUUGCGCGGCAGCCAGGGCCAGGUCCAGCCGUCCACCCCCCCUUGCACCUCCUUCCUCACCUCACUAGGUGGUGAGAGCGAGAGGCGGCACACACCAGCCCUGCUUUCUUUGACCGGGCUGCUCCCUUCCCUUUCCCUCCGCCGUCAGUCCACUCCACCGUCUCCUCCCCACCUCCCGCCUUUGCGGGCACCGCGAACGCGCGCGCGUGCGCCUCUCAUCGCCAUCCUCUCCCCCCCUUUCCCCCUCGCUUCCCUUCCUCUCCUUCCUGCCCGGAUCGGACCCACGGCCCCGAGGACUCGUGCUGCCGCUCCUGCUCCUGCUGCCGGGGCCUCCCUCCCCUCGUCGCCGGCCGCCGGCUUUGUCGACCAACCGCGCCGCGCCGCACCCGAGAGGGGGCGAUGAGGUGCCUGCCGUUCCUGCACGGGGACGCCAAGGAGGGGGACGACGACGACCAGCGCACGGGGCCCAGCACCGCCGCCAUGUCGGCCUCCGUGCGCUCCUUCAGCACCACCACCUCCACGGAGCGCGACAACCCGCGCUCCGGCUCCGACCUCAACUCCAUCAACGUCUCCGACAUGAGCGCCGAGUCCAUACGCCGGACGCAGUACCCCAGCUUCACCGACCGCCCCGCCAACCUCCGGGUCUUCUCAUUCUCCGAGCUCAAGGCCGCCACCCGCAACUUCAGCCGCUCCCUCAUGGUCGGCGAGGGCGGCUUCGGCUGCGUCUACAGAGGGGUCAUCAAGGGCUCCGACGACCCCGCCCAGCGCGUCGAGAUCGCCGUCAAGCAGCUCAAUCGCAAGGGGGUUCAGGGGCAGAAGGAAUGGUUAACAGAAAUGAACGUGCUUGGGAUUGUUGAGCACCCAAACCUUGUCAAACUAAUAGGUUACUGUGCGGACGACGAUGAGCGAGGGAUGCAGCGGCUUCUGGUAUACGAAUACAUGCCCAACGGAAGCGUGGAUGACCACUUGGCAAGUAGGUCAACUUCAACUCUGUCAUGGCCAAUGAGAUUGAAAGUGGCUCUCGAUGCUGCCCGCGGGCUCAAGUAUCUGCACGAAGAGAUGGACUUUCAGGUUAUUUUCCGGGACUUGAAAACAUCUAACAUUCUAUUAGAUGAGAACUGGAAUGCAAAAUUAUCGGACUUCGGAUUGGCUAGGCAUGGACCACAGGAAGGGCUAUCCCAUGUCUCCACAGCGGUUGUUGGAACUCUAGGAUACGCCGCGCCGGAGUACAUGCAAACCGGACGCCUGACUGCAAAAAGCGACAUAUGGGGCUAUGGUGUGCUCCUCUACGAGCUCAUCACCGGCCGGCGUCCCAUUGACAGGAACCGCCCAAAGAGCGAGCAGAAGCUCCUGGACUGGGUGAAACCGUACAUCUCCGAUGUCAAACGGUUCCCCAUCAUCGUCGACCCGCGGCUCGAGGGCCACUACAACCUCAAGUCCAUGACAAAGUUGGCCGGUGUGGCGAACCGCUGCCUCCUCCGGAUGCCCAAGUCGCGCCCAAAGAUGAGCGAGGUGUAUGAGAUGGUGCAGAAGAUCGUCGACAGCGUCGAGAUCGGCCCGCCGGAGCCUCCCCUGCACUACCACGGCUCGGUCUCCGGGCCGGGCGCGAAGCGGACCAAGAAAGGGUCAUUGAAGAGGAGGCUCCAGGAGUUCAAGUUCGGGUGCCGCCAGAUCGUGUGGCGGGGCUGGAAACCAGAGAUCAUAAAGACCUGCUGAAAUGGAUGCCACCACCCUCCUGCCUGUGACUGUAAGUAUGGCUAGCUGUUCAUAGAGAUAUGAAGUUCGUAACCGGUGCACGGUUUGCGCUGCAGCGUGUAACUUUUUUGGUCCUGUAGAUUUCUGAUUAAACAGUCUUUUGUUUGUGUAUUACCCUGGUCUGAGCUGCAAGAUUGUGAAUCAGUAGGUUGCUUGUGAUUUUGGUCCA